AUGAAUCUCUUCAUGCAUUAUUUUUCCCUUUUCUUCCCUUUGUUUAUUUUCAUUCUCUUCCUCUACAAAUUGCUAUUCCCAUCUCCCAAAGACACAAAAAACUCACCACCAUCACCCCCAAAGCUUCCAAUACUAGGACACAUCCUCCAACUUGGCACCCACCCUCAUCGCCACCUCCACCAAUUAUCAAACCACUAUGGCCCACUCAUGCUGCUCCACUUCGGCUCCGUCCCCGUUCUCGUCGUUUCCUCCCCCACUGCCGCUAGAGAGAUCAUGAAAACCCAUGACUCCAUCUUCUCCGACCGCCCCAAAUCCAGCAUUACCGACCGCCUCUUCUACGGCUCAAAGGACGUCGCCUUUGCCCCCUACGGCGAGUAUUGGCGACAAGUGCGAAGCAUUUGUGUUCUCCAUCUUCUUAGCAACAAGAGGGUGCAGUCAUUUCGCAAAGUCAGAGAAGAGGAAACACAAUUGAUGGUCCAAAAGAUCAAACAAUCAUGUGGUUCCCCUAUAAACUUGACUGAUAUUUUGUUGUGGCUUAACAAUAAUAUAAUAAGUAGGGUGGCGUUGGGGAGAAAGUACUGCACUGAGGAGCACGGGAAAAAGGAUAUCAUGGGUUUGCUGGAGGAAUAUAUGAAAGUAUUGGGGGUAGUUGAUAUAGGGGAUUACAUCCCUUGGUUUGCAUGGGUGAAUAAAAUCAAUGGUUUUGAUAGAAGGGUGGAGAAAUUGGCUAAAGAAUUGGAUGAAUUCAUUGAGGGAGUAGUUGAAGAGCACUCACGUGUGGAGAAACACGAGGCAGAUGGGUUAGACUUGGUGGACAUUUUGCUUCAAAUACAAAGAGAAGAUAAGAUUGGCUUCCCCAUUCAUAGAGAGACUGUCAAAGCUAUAAUCUUGGAUAUGUUUGCGGCGGGAACUCACACAAGCUACACAGUUCUUGAAUGGGCAAUGGCAGAGCUAAUAAAAAAUCCCAAAAUCAUGAAAAAAUUACAAAAUGAGGUAAGAACAAAAUUUAAAACCUACGAAGAUAUAGAAACCAUGCAAUACUUGAAUGCUGUCAUAAAGGAAACUCUUCGGUUUCAUAGUCCUAUACCAUUGCUAGUCCCUCGGAAGACAAUCCAAGAUGUGAAAGUGAUGGGCUUCCAUGUGGCAGCCGGCACCCACGUGCUUGUUAAUAGUUGGGGAAUUGGAAGAGAUCCAACAAUAUGGGAAAACUCUGAAGAGUUUAAGCCGGAGAGGUUCUUGAAUUCUAAUGUGGAUUAUAAGGGAAUGCAUUUUGAAUUGAUUCCAUUUGGAGCUGGGCGGAGGGGUUGCCCCGGCUUGGCUUUUGGGGUUACUACGGUUGAGCUUGCAUUGGCUACACUCAUACGCGAGUUUGAUUUUGCAUUGGGAGAAGAAAAAUUGGAUAUGAAUGAAGGAAUUGGUAUUACAUGUCACAAGAAAAUUCCUCUCGUUGUAAUCGCUACUCCGAUGGUUAGCUAG